AUGGGAAAAUUUCCAUUUGAUGUAUCACGUAUUGGUCUUCAGUUAUUAACAAUAUGUUCACAAAAAUUUCAUGAACUCAAAAAAAUUGCUGCACUUUAUAUUCGUCAAUAUAGUCAAAAUGUUUUAGCUAUAAUUGGUUUUGGAAAAGUUUGUCAGUUAAUAUCAAAUAAAUAUUUAUUAUAUACAAGAAUUGAACAGUUGAAACGAACACAUGUUAGACUUUGUCAAGAUUUAAUUAAAUAA